AUGCGGAUUCAAAGGAUCCCUGGGCUCGAGGUCACGAUAAUUGUGAACGGACAAAGGCUUCGGGAGUACACACAUGAGAACGAAGCUCCGACAGAAGCGACAGAAGCAACAUGCUACAUUGAAUCAAAACCAAACACGCGAUUUCAAGUCUUAGUCUCAGUCGGGCCCCUUGCACAAUUUGAACAAGGCGAAUGUUUCUUAAUUCCGGUGAAUAUUGACGGAGAGAACCCUUCGUCAACGAAUUCCAUUUUGGAGCUGAAAAGGAAGCCAUCCGAUUCCAGGGGCGUUCAGUCUUACAACAUCCGGGGUGCUACCAGAGUCAAAGGCGACGAAUUAUACCUCUACAACUACUGCUUUGCAGAUCUGGACAUAAGCGAAGAUGCCCGCUUGGCGGAUAUCGACAGCGCCCGCAAAACUAAGCUUGCAAAGCUCGGAGAAAUCGACGUGGCACUGACCAGAAUCAUAAAGAAAGGGUUAUCAAAGCCCGCGUCGAAAGGAAGAAAGGCCACUGACAUGGGUACUGUGCCGGAGAAGGCUUUAAAGGGCAAAGCAAUAUCACAGCAGAUCAAGUUCGUAUAUGUAACGGUUCUAGGGGGGACAAUCGCUGAUGUAUCAAGGCUUGAUAGGGGCGAGAGCUAUGGUCCGAGCACCGUUUGGAACUCUACUUCCCUCGAUAAAAAGCCAUUCGCAACAUUCCGAUUCAAGUAUCGAAGCAUAGACUCCCUCAAAGCGUUGGGCGUUGUCCCCCGAUCCCCGAGCCCUAUUCCGCUGGAGGACAGAAGCAUUGACGACCUGACUGCCAAUGAGCUGCGUGAACGUCUUCGAGAACAGGAGGUGAAUAGACAAUGUUUUCCCUAUGAGCGGUCAACUAACGGCCAGCAGGCACUGAAUCGACGUAUCAAACAGGAGAAGGUCAAGCGGGAAUUCAAUGACAUCACCACAGCGGGGGACACCGACGGCGAUGAUGAUGUGGUGGUAGUUGGCGGACGAGUGUCGAAGCGCUCUCGACUGGGCAACGGCAAUAAUGGGGGUGAGAUUGAGGUAAUUGAGCUCAGCGACAAUGAGUGA